CACCGAACAUGGCGGCGCUCGGCAGCCGUACAAAUCGUCCAGAAAACGGUGAAAAACAAAGCAAAUCUCCUCUAGUUUCGCCUAUGAAAGUACGAGAACUUCUCAAUGAAGGGAUUGCCUCGGAAGACAACGUGUUAAAUUGUUCACAGCAGGAUCCAAAUGGCCUUGGUGAAGCCCCUUGUGAGGCAGCAAACAAAGAAGCAUUUUUCAACAGAGUGGAGUCGUAUUCAAGUCUAAAGUGGGCUGGAAAGCCAAGUGCUCUCUCACCAUUGAGAUGUGCAAGGUAUGGCUGGAUCAAUGUAGACUGUGACAUGCUGAAGUGUUCUAGUUGCCAGGCUUUCCUCUGUGCAUCCAUUCAAGCCACCUUGGACUUCCAGAAAUAUGAGGCACGGAUUUCGGAGUUGCUACAGCAACUUCAAACGCAACAUGAGAAAUUCUGUUCAUGGCCAGAUUAUCCAUGUCCAGAUCGGUUCUGGAUGGUUCCUAUUAAUGAGCCUACAGUGCUACUUGGUGCCUUUCUAGACCGGUUCAAAAGUGCAUGUCUUCUAGAACAGCAGCUGCCUGCUAUGAAGCCAGAGCAGCUCAAAGCUAUGACAUUGACUGAAGAUGUUAUAAGUGUCCUCCUACAGCUGUUUGAAGAUGAGCAAGUGAAGCUGGGAGGCUCUCCCACAAAGGCCUCAUCGGAUCCAAUCUCUGUACAAGUGGCAGCAUGCAUUGUAGCCCUUUGUGGUUGGGCAGCCAGCCCAGCCCUCCAUGCUAUGAAUCUGCCCAUCCUCACCUGUUCAUGCUGCUUGAGGAAAGUGGGGCUGUGGAACUUCUUUCAAAUGGAGAAUGUUUUAGGGGAGGGCGAAAACCCUCCACAGUCUCCAACAUCUUCCACCACUUUGACUACAUCUCAGUGCACAGGUGGGGAGAAGGGGACUCCCCCCUCACCAUCCCAGUCCCCCACUCCAUGUCGCAUGAAGCUGCGUAGUCAGGACACCACUCGUUCCGAGCAGACGGAAAACACCCCAUCCCCACUGGUUCCCCGCACCAGAAGUAGGGACUCCCCUAUCCCGCAUGAGGAGCUACCCAGCCCCCUGUCCAGAGGCAAAAGACCCAUGACCCGCAGGAGGGGCCAGGGAGAGAACCUGGCAGUGGACGUGCCCUCUAGCCCACAGCGAAAGACAAAACGCCCACGUCUCUCCUCUGCCAGUGGCCCUGAGGGGCCCUUGCACAGGAAUGUGUUUGACCCAGUAGCCCAGCACAGGGACUGGUGUCCUUGGGUGUGUUUGGGACUAGAGAAGUGGAAUCUGGAUGGCUCUGUCUUUGUAGGCUGUGAAGCAGAACUCCCACAACCUGGCUGGAAAGCCGCAAUGACCCUCUUCUUGUCUUUGAAAAGGAACAUCAGUCCAGUAGGAGCCAGUACAUCGCAGGGUCCUCAUGACAAAUCGAAAAGGGUAUUCUCGAUAUUCCGACAAUGGCAGGUAUCCUCCCCAUCUCAGUAAGCCGUGUUCUUGAAAGGAGGACUGGAAAGCCCUAGUGAAGUUAUCCUGGUGGUACACUGUCCUAUGUUGUAAUGACAGUGAUUUCAUAUCAGAGUGAUUCUUGAUCAUGUGAGUCUUGUUUACAGUAUUGGAUUUGGUAGGGAAAGGGACAGUAAAUCCACAUGGAUCAAGCAACCUGCGCUGACUGACCUUGCCCUGGAGCAGGAAAGCCUGGCACAAUUCUUCUGAGAAAUUAAAACUUUAGCACACUGUUUUCAAAUUUGGGCUUGUCAUGGUGGUGGUAUCAUCAAACCUCUUAACCACAUUUGGCCUAUGGACAUCAACUGACCAGUGGUUGGCAUGCUUUACCUCACAGGGACUGCCAAAUAGUCCUUGCCUCUUCACUACACAUGGGGCUUUAUAGGGUCUGAACUGGCCUAUAUUUAGGGAAGCUUUAGUGAAGCACCUAGACCCACACUGGAAGAAAUGCUAGUUGCAUCAUCACUGGACAUUUUUCAGAUUAUAGUUCAGCCAAGGAGAAAUGGUGUUUGCAGAUUUUCAUGUGCUUUUCUGCAUUGUUGAAGUAGUUGUAUGAAAUUGACUUCCAUAAGUGUGAAUGCACCAAACACCAUUCUUAAACUGUCUUAUGUCCACAUGCCAGCUGAAAUAGAUGUGCCAUGAUUAGAAAAUAGACUGCCAAUUUAAAUUGCUUUGGUUUUGGAUCACUUUCUUUUGCCAUCUGUAGUUCCCUGCAUUAUGCAUGUACUGUAAUUCUGAUCUGAGUGUGAACAA